CAGAGAAGCUGGAGAAAGCCGACACUGACACAGGGAGAACAUGCAAACUCCACACGGAAGUGCCCCAGCCAGGCCGGCGGGUUCGACCCCGGAACCCUCUUGCUGUGAGCACCACUAACAGGGAGGUGAAUGGACCUCCACCGCCCCUUCAAGAUGGACAGCCCCUCCUACCUGCCAGCUCCACUGGCCUCCCCCGCCCUGAUGGUCCUCGCCUCCACUGCCGAGGCCGGCCGAGAUGCCUCCGUCCCCUGCCAGGCGCCCAGGCCCUUCGGUGUCCCCGCCUCUGUGGAGAAAGACCUCCACCUCCCCUUCCCCUCUGCCUCUUACACCUUCACCUCUAUGUACCAGCGCCAAGGCCCUAUGUCGGGCACCUUCCCCUCCCGAGACUUCCCAGCCUCCCUGCUCCACCUGCACCCCCAGUUCACCCCACCGAACCUGGACUGCUCCACCCUGAGCAUGCUCAACCACAGCGGGGUGGGCGCCUUCCGACCUUUCUCCUCCCCGCAAGAGGAGAGGGAGUCGGGGGUUUACCAGUCGGCUUUCACCCCUGCCAAGAGGCUGAAAAGCUGCUUCCCGGAAGUGGAGGGGAAGGAGUUUGACUUCGGCUCCCCGGGAAGCUCCCUUAAAGCUGGGGAGGACUCAGGGAGGAAGCUGUUCUCCAUGUCCGGCCUGCUAUCUGACGGAGAGGCUUCAUCGAGCCCCGAGGAGCGCAAAGAGCACAGCAAAGUGAAGGGUCUCUAUGACGCUCAGGCCCCGGUGUGUCCAGUCUGCCAGGCGAUCCUGCGACCAGGGGAGCUGCAGGAGCACAUGGAGCAGGAGCUGACCAAACUUGCCCAGAUACAAAUCAGUGUCACUCCAGUGCAGCACAACCACCUCAUAAGGACGCCGAAGUCUCUCUCACUCUCGCUUCAUAUCAAGCGCGAAGGAGGCUCUCCCACCUCACCGCCUAGAACAUCAGAGGACGCCCACUCUGACCGAUACCAGACGUUUCUCCGUGUGCGGGCCAACAGACACACAAGACUAAAUGUCGAUGACCUCUGCUGGUGCAGGUGCUACGUCAAAUCUGCCCCAUUACGCCCCCACAGCGCAGGAGCCCACCUAGACUGCACACAAGCUGUCAGGAUCGGAAAGCUGAAGAGGAGGAAACCAGAAGACGGACAGGAGGGUUCAGCAGACUUGGUGCCGUUGCAGGACGAGUGGAACGAGAGGAGAAGGAUGCAGAUGACGUCUAUAGUCGGAGGGUUUAAAGGUGCAGUGCUGGUGAGCACGACUUCUAAGGAGUGUCGAGACAGCGACGCAGACCUGGAUGUGGAUGGAGAUGAUACUCUGGAGUACGGCAGAGCGCAAUACACAGAGACAGAUGUAAUCCCCUGCUCAGGAGAAAGCUCCAAGGAGACAACAAUCAACAGCAGCAGUUCGUUGCCAGACUCCAGGUUAAGCUUAGAGUUUUCCAAAUGGUCAAAUGAUGGGAGUCCAUCCACCAGCAGUGGAGAGAAGGUGGACGGCAGCAUAGCUGGUCUCCCCAAAACCUGCAAGAACUCUGAGAUAGAGACGCUCUCAGAGGAUUCCACGCUGACAACUCUGGAUGCACUUAAAGCUCGGAUACGGGAUUUGGAGAAACAGUUGUCUAAAGGAGACAGAUUUAAAUGCCUCAUCUGCAUGGACACGUACACAACCCCUCUCACCUCUAUCCAGUGCUGGCAUGUUCACUGUGAGGAGUGUUGGCUUCGAACGCUGGGAGCAAAGAAGUUGUGUCCUCAGUGCAACACCAUCACCUCACCUGGAGACCUGAGGCGGGUCUACCUGUGACGCAGCCACUCACAAAAUGAGAAGAAGGGGGCUUCUUCUGUUUUAACCAAUCAGGGGUGGACUUGUGGGCAGCUGGCCUGUCAUAGACUCCCACCCUCCUCCUCCUCUUCCUCCUCACACCUUCCUGAUCCUACCUGUUUAUCAGUGUGUCCUCUAACCCCUGACAAUUUGCAGGACAGCAAGUGUGACCUUUGACCUUCCUUCACAGCCCUGUACAAUAUCCAUGUUCCUGCUGCAACAUCGACCAGACCGGAAGAAGCAUCCAAAACCAACUGAGAGCUCAGGCACUGAAAUACUAAGAGAAGAAAAAUGCUUUGGGACAAUAUUUAUCAAUUUUGUAAUUCUUUGUUCUGUUUUACGAGGGAGAAAAAAAAUAGUUAAAUCACAUGCGAAGCACAUGUACAUAGU